AUGCCCCCAUUUCUCAAUAGAAAUUUGUCAAAUUCCUCAUUAUUUACGGCCAUUGGCCAGCUCAUGCUCCUUGCCACAUUUGUGGAAGAUUCUAUACGUAUUGUUAGCCAGUGGAGCCAGCAGAUGGCUUUUAUGCAGGACGUUCGGGAGAUUCCCUGGUUUAUUUCCUUCUAUUCAUUGUUUGCCCUGGUUGGCACUAUGAUAUCGGGAAUUGCACUUGUUUUGGCCGGCCCUAAGCGGAGAGCUCUUGGGGCUUUUUUACUAAUUUGUGUAUUGCUGCUGCAAACUGCUGUUUACGGGUUGCUAUUGGACGCCAAUUUCUUAUUGCGAAGCUGUUCUAUUGUUGGCGGUCUGGUGCUUUUAAUUGCACACAACUCAGCCUCUGAGACCAAAAAGCGGACAAUUUUUGGCGGAUUGCCAGUGGGCUUAGAGACAGCAUCUAGAAUUUACCUGCCCCUCAUAGGAAGAAUUUUACUGAUGUUGUUAUGUGGCUCGUCCAUUUUAACAGCACUGACGACCGGAUCAUUAAAGAAUGCAUUUCUCGGUGGAUCCUUUUCCAUCCCUGGGGCUAACUCACAACUGAUGCCUGGAAGCUUUCAGCUAGAAUUCGCAAAAGGGAUUGCUGGAGUGACAGCCUUAAUAUCUGGGUGUAUGGUUGCCGUGGGAUUCAAGGCCAAAACCAGUGCAGUUCUUUUGCUUGGUGUGCUGAUACUUACAAACUUUCUUUUAUUACUGGACUUGAUCUCUCUUGGCCUGUCACACCCCCUUUCGGAUUUUAUCAAAUACGACUUUUUCCAGACCAUAUCUAUCAUGGGUGGAUUCAUUCUUCUCAUCCAGCUGGGCCCUGGUGAGAUGAGUGUUGAUAUGAAGUCAAAUAACUAUCUCGACUAG